AUGCAGCCGCAUCUCAAGGAUCGAUUAGUUGAGCUUCAACUCUGUCUCGAGGCACUGCCAACAGAGAUUCCCAUUCCAAAGGAGUCCAAGUACAAUUUCUCCAACUUCGGCCCGGAUGCUGAUUGGACUACAGCGACUCAGAGUUGGAUGUCACUGACCCCGAGGAUAUAUCUGAAGAUGGCUCAAAAAAAAGCGGAUUCUUUUGACGGCGAGGCUUUUGAUGCUGCCAGUAUCAUCAAUCUUGACUCCACGACGCUAGCUGAUGUGCUUGCUGACAAAGAUUUGGCACCCGCAGCACCGAAGAACACUGUCACUCUUCUGCUGGCAAGCACUUUGGUGCAAGAGAAGGCCUUGACCGAAGCAGACUGGGACAUGACAUAG